GCGAAUUGAAAAAGCAGUUUUUAUUCGAAUUCGACUAUCGAGGUGAGAGGGACAAUCUUAUCGAAAUGGCAAAGAACUGGCAUGCGCCAGAAAAUCGCUAUUUCACUCCCGAAAACGUCGCAGUUCCUAAUGUCUAUGGAGAGCACUGUCGUGAGCGCGUGUUGGUAAUGGAACUACUCAAAGGUGUCAAGCUAGAGGAAGGGCUCUUCGGCAAACAGGGUAACGAGAACAUCUUCAACUUGCAGACGAUUAAUGAUCGGAUACAGAAUGGGACUGGAGGUAAAGGUGAUGGAAGAAGUAGCAGUGCUGGAGGCGAUCCCAACAGCGGCAACACGAGUGACGUAGACGCAGCCUCCCCAUCUUCAACAGCAUCACCAUCUGCAACUUCAAUGCAAAACACAGUUCGCUCGUUCUUGUUGUCGAGUAAUACAGCAAGUGUGAUGCUACUGCACUAUCUGCCGCAGCUGCUGGCUGUAACGCAUUUUUGUCGGACCUGUUACUACCAAUUCGUAGAUUUGUUCCUCUCCUUGUUUGGUGGAUGUUCUUCUAUAGGAGGAGGACCUGGAACUCAACAGGGCAGCAUUGAGAAAGGUGCAUCCGAAGAGGCAGAUAAACGGAGGCUAAUCUUGAAUGCGAGAAGGGUUAGCAAGUUACUGUUACAAGUUCACGGAGAGCAGAUAUUUCGGCAUGGUCUCUUUCAAGGUGAUUGCCAUCCUGGGAAUUUUUAUGGAAAGAAAAGAACAUUUUCAUGUCACUCGCCACUAUCUACGUCUAAGUAGAAGAAGAACCCACGACAAUGAAAAAACAAUACAUAGGUAAAGAAGAAACAAGUUGUGAAGGUAAGUAGAGCAAUCUAUCUGAACUCUUGUACGGAACAAGAAGAGAACUGAAGACAUCUCUCCUUCCAUCAACAUUCCCUCCUUCAUACUCUCCUUCUGCUCGAGGACGGCCGGAUAGGGUUGAUCGACUUUGGGCAAGCCAAGCGUCUAUCUUUAGAGGAGCGACAGCGUCUUGCGCGCCUUAUGAUUGCAAUUGCCGAUAACGACGCGGCGAGUAUUGUGAGGGUAAUGCGGGAAGAGUAUGUUAAGGCUCAGCUUUCAAUGGUCACCAUUGAGAGUCAUUGGGGUUGGUCACUGAGAUCCCUCUUGAGGAAAGAUGGGGGGAAAAUGAAGGAAAAGCAAAGGGAGAGGCAUGGGGCCCAUUUCUUUCAGAGUCAGUGACCAUUGAGUGCUGAGCUUUAAGUAUGGGCUUGGGCCUCCAAAAGCCUUGGCAGGAGAAACGUCGACUGGUGCGACAGGAGAAGCUUCGAAGAGAUCAGUUUCCUCCGACUUCUUCCUGGAGAAGCUCGCGCGUUCUGCGUUUGGCGCUUUAGAUGCGAACCUCACGGAUGGCAAACCACUACAGGAGUUCAGUAAUGAGAUGCGGAAGAAAUACGACCGGAAUGCGCAACUACCGGGCGAACUCUACCUCCCAAUGCGCACAGCCAUACUAUUGAGGGGAAUCGGUUUGUUGUUCGGCCAAUUUUUGAACCCAGCGGAAAGUUGGAGGGAGAUGGCAGAGGAAUGCUUGAGGGGGGAGGGGUGAGUAGGCGUCCUGGUCCUGCAGCUCCUAGGAUGAGAUGUAGUUCUUGACGUCAACGAUAAAGAAUAUUUUUCCUAUCUCUUCUCUGCGACAUUAUUUGGAAGACACGACAUUAUUUACCCGAAACGGAAAAGUUGAAGUUGUCAAUAUAUUUACUUAAAAAUAGAAAAUCUUCCACCUUCAUCUAACCGCUGAAUUAACCA